AUGCCGACAUACUCAAAUUCGACGACCUCCCCCAAAACAAAUGACCCUCCGCCUACCCGUCGCACAUAUACCAGCUUCCUCUCCGACACGAACAAUGCCUGGAACGUUGAUGGUACCGACGGCACCGGCGACCAGCUCGCCUAUGACGAGGAUGAGGAUGAAUUUGGCCUGCCCAGCAUAGCUUCGACGCGGCGAAAAGGCAAGCGGUUAUCGACGAAAAACAAAACAGACCCUGGGGGAUCCCGACCCGAGCUUAGAAAUGGCAACAAUGCCGCGAGCACAUUGGCUACCUGGGCGUUAGAUAACGGAGACGUUGCCGAAGUGCGCGCAAUACCCUCAUAUCCCUCUGCAAAGGCAACCGAGGGCAAGAUUCUGCGACCGCAGUACAAGGACAUCCUGCGAGAUCCCGCAAACUCAUUACAUCUGAUCAAUCACCCUUCCGUACCACCUGGCGCCUCUUCGAAGGAGCUCGAGGCGCAUUCGGCACGGAUCGGCCGCAUCAACAAGUUCAAGAAAGUACUGCAAGCGUCUUCCAUCAACCUACCCGAGCUACGAGAUUCCGCGUGGUCUGGCCUGCCGUCCGAAGUGCGGGCAAUGUCCUGGCAAAUACUGCUUGGCUACCUCCCCACAAGCAGCGAACGGCGAGUAGCGACCCUCGAGCGAAAGCGAAAGGAGUAUCUCGACGGUGUGCGACAAGCUUUUGAGCGUGGAACGGCAGGGAGUUCCGGCGCUGUGGAAGCAGGCGUAGCGGGAGCCGGCUCAGCACCGUUCGCGAAAGGCGGCAGAGGCCGAGGUCUGGACGAAGCGAUAUGGCAUCAGAUCAGCAUUGAUGUGCCCCGGACCAACCCACAUCUUGAGCUGUACAGCUACGAAGCGACACAAAGAUCGCUAGAACGCAUACUGUACGUCUGGGCUAUCCGACAUCCGGCCUCCGGGUACGUGCAGGGCAUCAACGACCUCGUCACGCCCUUCUGGCAAGUCUUUUUGGGUCAGUACAUCACCGACCCGGAUGUGGAGUCUGGAAUGGAUCCUGGCCAGCUUCCUAAACCAGUUCUGGAUGCCGUAGAAGCAGAUUCGUUCUGGUGUCUGACCAAACUGCUAGACGGGAUACAGGACAACUACAUACACGCUCAGCCUGGCAUCCAGCGGCAGGUGUCCUCGCUAAGAGAUCUGACUGCGCGCAUUGACGGAGCGCUUGCGAAGCACAUGGAGAAUGAAGGCGUGGAGUUCAUUCAAUUCAGCUUUCGGUGGAUGAAUUGCUUGUUGAUGCGUGAGCUGAGCGUGAGGAAUGUCAUUCGGAUGUGGGAUACCUAUCUUGCCGAAGACCAAGGCUUCUCAGCCUUCCACCUCUACGUCUGCGCUGCCUUCUUGGUAAAAUGGUCCGAGAAGCUCCAGCGCAUGGAUUUCCAAGAAAUCAUGAUGUUCCUGCAGGCGUUGCCAACCAAGGGCUGGACGGAGAAAGACAUCGAAUUGUUGCUGAGCGAGGCGUUCAUCUGGCAGAGUCUUUUCAAGGGUAGCAAAGCCCAUGUGCGCCAGACCAGCGGUGGUAAUAGUGGGAGUCUCAAUCUUUAA